AUGGAAUCUAACGAGGACAAGAAGAGGAGGAACUCUGGAGAUUUGACCUCGGUCGUUGACGACGCCGAGCUGGGGACGGUCUCCAACAAGCAUGAGGCCCCGAUCAACGCCUCUGGACACGUCCAAGAGAUGCCGCGACAGUUCAACCUGAUCUCCCUCGCAGGCGUCGGCGUGACAGUCGGCAACGUAUGGCCAGCUAUCGGCGGCACGAUCCUCGUGGCCAUCUCCAACGGUGGUCCACCAGGCGUCCUCUACGAGUUCCUCGUCGUGUCCUGCUUCUACUUCCUCGUCGCCGCCAGCCUGGCAGAGCUCGUCAGCGCCAUCCCGAGCUCGGCGGGCGUGUACCAUUGGGCAUCUGUGACGCCUGGCCCUCGAUGGGGUCGCAUGGUGGGAUUCUUUGCUGGCUGGUGGAACUACCUGGGCUGGUGCAUGGGAGCAGCAAGCAUGGCUGCCAUUUUAGGAAACACAAUCGUGCAAAUGUACGCCCUGAACCAUGACGGCUUCAUAGCUCAGCCCUGGCAUGUCUUUGUGGUCUAUGUCAUCUGCGUCUGGAUCGGCUGCGCUGCUGUCUGUCUGGCCAACUCGGCAAUGCCUCCUAAUCAAAAUCUCUUUCUCAUAUACAGUGUUCUGGCUGGCUUCUUCAUCACCGUUGUUGCUGUCGCCGCCAUGCCUGGCCACAACGGCCGACCGCCUCACGCCACCAGUGAUUUCGUCUGGAAGGAGUGGGCGCAGGCCCUGGGCUACUCGGAUGGUUUCGUCUUCGUGGCUGGCAUGCUCAACGGCGCCUACAGUAUCGGCUCUGUCGAUGUCAUUACCCAUCUCGCCGAGGAGAUCCCGAACCCGCAGCGCAACGUCCCCAUCGGCAUGGCCCUUCAGCUGGGCAUCGGCUUUAGCACCGGUUUCUGCUACCUCGUCGCCAUCAUGUACGCCAUCAACGACCUGUCCGCCGUGUCCGCCGCCACCUACCCCAUCGCCGAGAUCUACAGACAGGCUACAGGCACCGCCGGCGCUACCGCCAUGCUCGCCCUCAUCAUGGUCAACAUCGCCCUCUGCGUCAUCGGCCUCUUUAUCACCACGGGUCGGACCCUCUGGGCCCUCGCUCGUGACGGCGCCGUGCCCUUCCCAAAUCUCCUGGGCAAGGUCAACCGCCGCCUCGACAUGCCCAUGAUCUCGACCAUCACCACCGCUGUGCUGGUCACCGUGCUGGGCUGCAUCUAUGUCGGCAGCACGACCGCCUUCAAUGCUUUCAUCGCGUCCACUAUCCUCUUCUUCAGCAGCUCCUACAUCGCCUGCAUCCUGCCCCAUCUCCUCCGUGGCCGCAAGGGCAUCACCUACGGGCCCUUCAGGAUGCAUGGCUGGGUCGGCUACGUCGUCAAUGGUCUGUCGUGUGCCUACCUCAUGAUCUGGUUCGUCAUCUACUCGUUCCCUUACUACCUCCCCACCGACGCUGCGAGCAUGAACUACUCGUGUCUGAUCUGGGGAGGCCUGACUGUCCUUGUGGGGCUGUGGUGGCUGCUGGGCGCGAGGAAGGGAUACGAGGGCCCAAAGACAACAGGAGGAGUGGUCGUGGCAGAACUGUAG